GGCGAUAGUUCUGACUCGUCAGUGCACAGGGAAUGAAGUUCGACUUCCACCAUUGCGCCAGAGCUCCCAUCAGUGAAUGCCUGACAUGAUGGAGUUAAACGUCAAAGAGCCCAAUGGUAAAAUCGACAUAAGUGAUAGCCCAGAAAUUACGGUGGGUGAUAUCUUGGACGAUUUGGGAGUGUGGCAGCUCAAGCGAUUGGUUUUAGUGUUUUUCAUCUGCUUACCCGGGUGUACUCAUGUUUUUGCCAUGAUCUUUGCUACGGUCUCUGCCGAUUUUUGGUGUGAGUCCAGUGGAAAAUCCAAUGCAACCAUCAACCAAUGUGUAGAAGGUUGUGCCAAAUAUGAGUUCGAUCGAGAAGAGUUUCAAGAUUCCAUCAUCAUGCAGUAUGGCCUCGUUUGUGAACGGCAAUAUCUAGAAACCGUGGCAAAGUUAUGCCUGUUUGGAGGGUAUGCGGUGGGUACUUUUGUGGCUGGCAUGAUUUCCGACCAUUUUGGACGAAAAACGGCCAUCACCAUCUCCUGCCAAUUGCUAUUCUGCUCUGGGAUAAUUGUGACUAUCAUGCCGAAUAUGGCAGGAUUUACAGUUCUGUGGUUCAUUGUUGGAAUUGCUGCAAUCUCGGUUUAUACUGUGGCCUUCGUUUGGUGCUCUGAAAUGGUGGGUCGAAAUUGGAAAGUCACCAUAAGCCUGAGUUUGUCCUUGGCCUUUCCGAUUGCAAAGUUAAUGGUCACACUAGCGGCUUAUUUUAUACGAGAUUACAAGAUCUUGUAUCAAGGAUUCUCAUCCUUGCAUCUCUUCACUCCCAUGCUCAUGAUUUUGAUCCCGGAGAGUCCUCGGUGGCUUUUGUCAAGGAGAACACCCGAAAGUCAAGCUGAGGCAUGCCAAAUUUUGGCGGAGGUGGCCAAAUCCAAAGGUCAACACUUUGAUUUGGCCUUGUUCAAGGACGAAAGCGCAAGCAGUGAUGGGAAACCGGCUGAAAAAGUGGACCAUUUCAGCCUGAUCUUGACCAAUGCCAAACUCAGAACUCGAGGAUUCGUGAUGCUGUACUGCUGGCUGACCACCUCAUUUGUGGUGUACUCUGUGAACCUCAACAUGAAGAGUUUGACAGGCUCCUUAUUUCUCAACCUGACUUUGGCAGCCUUCUUGAGCAUCCCUGGUCGCUUGUUGGGCUACCUUUUGAUGACCAAGUUCUCGAUUCGAAAGUUCCCAUUUGUCGGAUCCUUACUCAUUGGCGCUGUGGGUUGCGGCCUUUGCCCUUUGUUGGACAAUAGAGUUCCCUGGCAAAGUACAACCUUGUCCGCCCUGGUCCUCCUCUCUGCAACCAGUCUUUCAUGCACAUUUUCCAUCAUUUGGCUAUAUACGGCUGAACUCUAUCCAACCGGAAUCAGAAAUUUUGGAGUUGGCCUUAGUUCGUUUAUGGCUCGCAUUGGUGGCGCUGGAAGCACCCUCGUGGUAUACUUGGCUGCGAUCCAUACAAGCGUACCGUUUUUUGUCUUUUCCGGAAUGUGCUUUGUGGCUGCAGUUUUAGCUUUGUUGCUGCCGGAAACGGGACACCAUCCCUUACCCACUUCUAUCAAAGAGAUUGAGGAUCGUGAUAAAUGAAAAAAAUAUGUCAUUGAUUGUCAUCACAUUUAUAUCAGAAAGCCAAGGCUUUAAGUGUUAAUUGUGCUCUCUGCGAAAUAUGUCUCAAAAUAGGUCGAGUCAUUUUCAUUCUUCUUAAUAAUAUUUGUUUCUUUGUUUUUGAAAGAGUGGGGAAAACAUAAAAGGUACAAAAAUGCCUUCAAAAGGAGCUGCUUAAAAGUCAUUGGGUACUUUAAGCAACAGCUGUCUGAUGACUCAUUAGCUUAAGGUCGAAAAAAUAACUUGUUUUGGCCCUGAGGAUAAAUUCUAGACAUUUGCCAGACCUAUUUUUAAUAGUAACUCUUCACGGUAACUUGUGUGCAGAUAACUACUCGCAUUCAAAUCUCUAGGUUUGUUGCUUGACGACAAAACAAGUUAUUUUUCCGAGUUUUACGUCACCAUUUUUUGGGAGGCCAUUGUCCAAGUUUUUAAUACUAUAAAGAUAAUGAAAAACAAAAUACAAGUCAUCCGAUUACACAAAAAAAUUCUUAGGUUUUGCGCACACAUUUGUAAAAGUAGGAAACUUUAAAAGUAGCAAAAUUAAGUAUGUCUUGUGUAGCUUAAUGAAUAAAAACUGUGACUUUUACUAAAAUGCAUUGUUAGUUGAACAACUUCCUUCAUGAAUAAGUGACCUGGAAAUGUAAUUUGAUUCCUUAACAAAGAACUGCUAAGGCCCAAAGCUUUAGUGGCUUCGCAAAAAUUGCGAUGUACCAUGUCUUUUCUUGCUUCAAUGUCCCAAUAAGUAGACCCCAAAACGAGAAGUUAAAGAUAUUUCUGACCUUUUUCCCAGUUAUUAACCCAUUUUCCUUCUUAUAAGGCCUUUUUCUCUCUCUCUCGACUGUUCUUUUCUAACUUUUACACUUAGGAACAUUUUUAAAUUUUGGAUCACUUGGGCCCGUAUCUGCUUUCGUCAUUACUUGCUCUUCGUUUUAGUGGACCUUUUUAUCUAAUUCCGUACAGCAUGAUCACAUGAACAAUUAAGUCCACAGCCAGAAGUUUUCAGCAAUUGUCUUUUGAUUUGGGUUUUCACCGGCCUUACUAACUCUGCAUGAAAUGGAAUCUCUGGUGUAAUUGAAAUGAAAGAUCAUGAAAUUUGAUCUAACCACAACUUUGAACAUCGGGAUCGUUUUUUAGCGGAAUAUCCAGAGAUGUUACUUUUAAGAUUUGUUUUUAGUCAAAUCCGGACUCUACCAAUAAAUGGAUGAGUGUUAUAUUCUAGUCACCAAUAACCAAUUUCCAUUUACAUAUUACUCUUGCUCCCAUCGUCAUACUCGCCAUAGACAUUUUCCCUUAUUAUAAAUACCUCCACAAAAGAUCAAUUAAAAGCUAGUCAACAGCCACCAUCCGGCAAUCACACAUGGCACAGCCGUUAGUAGCCGCCUCCAUGCGGAAGAACCUUCCCCCAGACGGCUGAGGACCCGAAGGUGUUUCAUAAGAUCAUGAAGUUCCAAUUUGUAGAGUUUAUUGAUGUCCUUCCUCCUAGCCAGCAUGGGUUCCGAGCCCAAUUUAGCACGGUUGCCCAACUGACGGAGUAUUUAGAGCAGGUCAUUGAGGGAUUGGAAAGACACAAGUUGACGUUGUCUAUCUUGAUUUUGCCAAGGCCUUUGAUAAAGUAGAUAAAUAGACGAAUCAUAACCUUUCAUUUUAAUGGUACUGGGGUUCCAUUCCUGUGUAGCGGUUAGAAAAGCACGUGAAAAAACAAAAAAAAAGAUCAAUCAUCAAACAAGGGUUUUGUCACUUUACGAGGAUAUAUGUGACUAGAGGAUCUGUUUUAAGAUUGCUGUAUUCUAGUUAUAUCCUUGGUUAAGAUAGCUGAGAUCGAGCUAAGUUAUCAUUGUUCGGGAUGGACUAAAUAUUAUGCUUGAUGACUCUUCUAUGAAGAUGUUUAUUGUUCGUUGGAAAAAAAGACCCCAGCUCGCAAUCGGUCGAUAUUCGCAAUUCCGACAAUCUGGACCACUUUGAAAAAUUCUUCAAAACAUAUAUUUUUUGUUCCUUCACCUUUCUGGGCUUGUAUCCUCUUACAUGUUAGUACAAGUUCAACUUAUUUUGUUGUUUCUUUCUUUUUCUAAAAACAGUGACACAGGGAAAGCAAAGCUAAGAAAAAUGAUAACAUAUUUGUUGUGGUUUUUCUACUACAACUGAAAAGGUAGCAAUUGUGCAAUGCUAAUCCAAUGAAUUUUGGUUCUAAAAGGGUGCUCCCAAUGAAAACUCUGGAUACGACUCGUUCUCUUGGCAAGUGCAAUAGUGAAAAUUGAAGCAGUCUUUUGGAUUUAGGAAAAGCGUAUGAUUUGGCGGAAGAGAAAGUUCAAGAUUUGUUGCAAACUAUACUUAAGAAUUUAGAAGGAAAACGACCUCCUUGGUCUGCUCAUGUUGAAUAGAAAAGAAGAAUGCACCUCCUGUUCAGCUCCUCUCAGCAAUAAAUCAUCUAGCUUUUCCUGAAUUUCAUUGUUCGCUACUCACGAAGCCAGACGGACAGGGUAAGACAGUGAAAUUGAGGUGUGAAAAUAUCGACAGGAAAAGUUUUUGUUUGUUCUAAAAAUAUUUUUUUUUGCAGUUUCAAGAGGUUGAAAAGUAUCUUGAAAUGUUCUACAUUGAUUUCUACUAUUUGUACGUAGAUUUAAUUUGCGUCUUACCAACACAUUGUAAAAGUAUCUUUGAGCAGGAAUUGAAUUUUUAAGAAGCUCAUUGAAUAGCAAGAAAGGCCUUGAUAAUUGAUUUGAAUUUUUACUUUUUUUACAACCAUAGCAAUACGGCGUCUUUCAAUUUUGUAAUUGUAUACUUUUCUCAAGUGCAAAAGCUUAGUAUGAAGUAAGUUACUGUUGACUUUUUUAGCUUCAUAAAUGUGCUUUAGUGAAUGUUAAAGCAUUGUGCUAAAAUAUUAAACACCAAAGAAUUCUCUUUUCCGCCGCAUAUGCACUACUGAUGGGGAUCAAACAAAAAAUCGCCGGAGGUUGCAAGUAGGGCUACCAACUUACAUUUUCAAUGGCAUACGGCAUUACUAGAGGAAAAUCGAAAACACGUUAGUUAAUCACAAAAAAAGUAACCCUGAUUUUUCUCCGAUCAAAGCAGGGUCACGUUUUUGGUAAAGCCUAAUAUUCUACGAUACGUCAGAAAGGGCCCGUGCUUUGACUUUCCUAGCUUUCUGGCGAUCCUGAUUUUGGAAAUUUGAUUGAUCCCAUCACUAAUAUGUACUCGUAUAUGUCAGUGCUUUUAUGAGUUAUCAUAACUAAACGAAAAAAAUUAUACCAGGCAUCCAAGUUAUGUACAUAAUCUUGAUUUUUUCGACAAGCAUUUGCCUUCUUUGGCUAUUUCAAGAUCUUCUCCACCCUAACCAAAGUGUUCACAUGGGUAACGUUUCCAGCUUUGACAUUUUGGCUCCCUUUUGGCGUAUUUUACACUUGCCCGGGCAGAUAAGAGUUUUAUUUAUGACAAGGCACGUGGGAUUUGUUUCUUUUUGGCAUUGCGCUUGCCUUAUCAGUAGGCUCCUUUGACCUGAAGCACCUUCCUUUUCCCUUACAUCAUGUAGUCUUUGGUAUUGUCAAAUUUAUGUAUUGGUUUUGAUGAAAUAUGGCGCUCUAUUUGAAGUUUUUGAUCCAUAAUAAAUCAAUGUUUCUUUGGUAGAUUACAUUCCAUAAUCUUGAGGGUUUGUCUUGAUUAGGUUGCUUAGGAUAUAAGAUUUUCUUUUGCAAACCAAAUCAUCUAAUGGACCAUGAAAAUAAACCGCACGCUUUUGGGGCAACCUAAGAACCUUUUCUAUUUUUCAUCGGCUAUAAAUUUGGCAUUUACUUCAUUCGUCAAUGUGUUUGGUGUCCCUGUCGUGAAUUUAAAUCAAGACAAUGUCGAAAGGAACAAGUCUAAUGUUUCAAUUCGUUUUUAAGCUAUGUGUUUGUUAUGUCCAAAUACAAGUGAUCUACCCUGUGCCAGA